AUGUCGACCAAAAAACAUUUACGGAGUCAAGUAAAAGAAAUUACUGCGAAAGUGUACCGCAGAAUGAAAUAUGAAGCGGAAAAUGGAGUGGAAAAACUAUCUGACGCUAGAUGGCGAACUGCUCAAGCCGUUGGUAUCACCCUCAAAACCAAAAGGAAGCGUACCAAGUCUAACCUGGAUGAUUUUGAUAUGGGUAUACUUCGCAGAACGAUAGCGACAUUUCAUACAGAAUUUCAUGAAUUACCAACGUUAAGAAAGCUGAAACAAGUAUUAACAGAAAGAAUUGGUUUUAACGGUUGUAUAGAAACUCUGCGUAUCAUUUUGAAGGAAUCGGGCUACGAGUGGUCCAAAAUAGAUGACAACCGUAAAGCUUUAGUAGAAAAGCAUGAUAUCCAAAUGUUACGCUUUCAAUAUUUGAGGCAAUUAAAAAAAUAUCGUGACGAGGGCCGCUAUAUCGUAUACACAGAUGAAAGUUAUGUUCAUACAACACAUCUGCAAAACAUGUGCUGGAAACCAGUCAAAGGAGUAUCAGCAGUGCAAAAAAAGUUGUCGAAAGGUACUCGGGUCAUAAUUGUUCACGCUGGUGGAUGUGAAGGAUUUGUUCCAAAUGCUAGUUUGGUGUAUAAAGCAAACUACACAAGUGGAGAUUAUCACGACAACAUGAAUCUGGAUAAUUAUAAGAAAUGA